AUGAGGGAGGCCAGGUCCUCUCGAUGGGAGCUUGCUGGGGCAGAUGAGCGCGAAAGGCCAUUUUCCUUUCCCGCGGUCGGUCACUCGGCGGGGGCGGUGGCCGCAGGGACGCGGGGACCGGACAGGGCGGCGCGGGCGGGUCCCGCCUCCUCCAGAGCCCACGGCGGCCACCGGACUUGGCCCCCGCACCUGCCGCCCCAAGCCCUCGCGCUUACAGCCACAUGGUCCCCCAGGAAGCGGCGCAGCAGGUCCGUGACCGCCGACUCCAGCACCACCCGGGGGCCCAGGCAGCCGAGGGCAGGCGGAGGAGCAGGAACCCCGCGGCGUGAACGACGGACCCGGCACAGCGCCCAGUCCACCCCGCGUGGGGUCGCGAGCCCGCCAGGGGCCAUCAGUGCGCAGGCGCGCGGGGUCGCCCCGCCCCCUCCCCUCCGCCCAGCCGUUACCCACGGCAACGGACGCCGCGUCCGUCCUGAGGACCCGCACGUCUCUAGGGUAAAAAGGGGCCGAGUGGGCUGGACGCCGCCGCCCUGCCCGGGUCCCACUCUGCCUGCCGCGAAGCCUAAGGCUCCUGACGGUGCUCGAAAAGCCACUUUGAUCACUGAAAAGCGGGAAGGGGGAACAGCACGCAUCAAGAUGGCAGGUAGAAAACGACCCGAUAUGCGUUGCCUAAAACGCAUUGUUUCUCCUUCCCUGACGUUCACUCUGAGUUAA